UCCCUUCCUUUCAUUUGCACAAAUCUCACUCACUUCGCUGAUGUGUUAUCUUCUCCUUGAUGUCUUCUAUUGCUGUCCAAACUGAAGAAACUUUAAAUGAGGAUGAUAUCGAUAGUUCACUAAGUAUUGGUCUUUUUACUCAAAUCUUGUCGAUUCUGGAUGAUGAACGGAACAGUUUUUACUAUGAUAUUUCCGAGAAUUAUUCUACAUCACCUUUCAAAUUAAAAGAGAUUCAUCUGAAUGAGCAUGUCAUGAAGGAAAACCAUGAGGACUUGCCAUGCCAUCUUGAUAAUGAAGAAGUGGAGAUUUCAGAGUUCACUGAAAAUAUUGAGGAGAUGUCUACAGCUGAACUAGAACGAUCUCUACAAAUAUCUGAAAGUCGUCUAAGAAAUAAUCUGAAUGAAUUAAACAAAAUUACCACAUCAACAACAGAACAAAUUAAAGACUGGUUAGAUUCAGCUUAUAGUCAACAGAAUAACUCAACAUUGACUAGUCCGGGAGUUCAGAUCAUGGAUACAGAAGGUAAAGACAAUUUAUUCAAUGAUUAUGAGACAGAUUAGAUCCAAUCAUCAACACAUAUAUAUACUUGAACAGUGUCCAGUAAACAUAUUCACAUGCUGAUUGUAUACAAUGUUGUUCAACUAUUUAGUCAUUUAUCUCAACAUACAAAUAGGCAUCAUACUUUAUAUGAUCAAUCCCAUGAAUGCACCUAUCAUAUCUUUUCCGAAUUUUUUCCAACCCUUUCUCUUGAAACUAUUCUUUUGCCAACUUUUAUUCAUAAGAUAAUCAAUCUAUGACUGAUUCAUUGAAUCUAUUGAACACACAUCAAAGAUCCGAUACCUUUUACUUAGUGAGAGUUAUUCACAUUUAUUUUAACUCUAUCACAAUAUAUCAUACUGUUAAGU